AGGGAGGGUGGGUGGGUGGUGGGAGAUCUCUGCGCCCGAGGCGGGUGGGGAGACUGAAGGGGGGAUGGGGGCGGAGCCAACGGUGCUCUUGCUGUCUGGGAUUGAUGGAUGAGAUGAGUGCUCCCGAUGCUUGCGUUUGAGACCGACAGAGACGGAGCGAGAGGAAAGGAGCGCGUGUUCCUGUGCAAACCGCCCGUGCGGCCCCAGUUUUCUCAUUCUGCGCCCGGGACAGGCAAAGGCGCGAGAGGAGCCGGGAUCCUUGGCUUGCGUCAGCAACCAGCCCCAACCGGCGCGUUGUGCUAUCAUGUGCGGCGGGGCAGCCCCUCGCUAGCCGGCCCAGGCAGCAUGGCUCCGAAGAAGCUGGCGGCGUCGGGCGGCGCGUGGCUGCGAGCGGGAGCUUGCCUCUUGGCCUGGGCGGCCUUUUGCCCUGUCCAGGCGAGCGCCUGUCCCACGCCGUGCGCCUGCAGCGGCACGACUGUCGACUGUCACGGGCUGGGGCUCCGCAGCGUCCCCAAGAACAUCCCGAGGAGCUCAGAAAGGCUGGAGCUGAAUGGGAACAACAUCACCCGUAUCUACAAAAAUGACUUUGCUGGGCUGAAACAGCUGCGAGUUCUGCAGCUGAUGGAAAACCAGAUCAGUGUGGUGGAGCGAGGGGUGUUCGACGACAUGAAAGAGCUGGAGCGACUACGUCUGAAUCGGAACCAGCUGCACACUUUGCCAGAACUUCUGUUCCAGAAUAACCAGGCAUUGUCACGGCUGGACUUGAGCGAGAACCUCCUUCAGGCUGUUCCCAGGAAGGCUUUUCGUGGAGCUACUGAUCUCAAGAACUUGCAGCUAGACAAGAACCAUAUCAGUUGCAUUGAGGAAGGGGCCUUUCGUGCUCUUCGUGGCCUGGAAGUUUUGACUCUGAACAACAACAACAUCAGCACCAUCCCCAUCUCCAGCUUCAACCAUAUGCCCAAACUGCGCACCUUUCGCUUGCACUCCAAUCAACUAUUCUGUGACUGCCAUUUGGGUUGGCUUUCCCAAUGGUUGCGCCAACGCCCCACUAUUGGGCUUUUCACACAGUGUGCGGGCCCUGCUGCUCUGCGUGGCCUCAACGUUGCAGAGAUUCAGAAGAAUGAAUUCAGCUGUUCAGGCCAGAUUGAUGCUACCAGGACUCAAAUCUGCAGUUUUUCAUCAGGUUCCUGUCCUGCCAUGUGCACCUGCAGCAAUGGCAUUGUGGACUGUCGUGGCAAGGGGCUGACAGCCAUUCCUGCCAACUUGCCUGAGACCAUGACUGAGAUACGCUUGGAACUCAAUGGCAUCAAGUCUAUCCCGCCUGGAGCCUUCUCAUCAUAUAAGAAACUACGUAGGAUAGACCUGAGCAACAACCAGAUCUCAGAGAUUGCCCCUGAUGCCUUCCAAGGCUUGCGCUCACUCAACUCUCUAGUCUUGUACGGGAACAAGAUCACAGAACUGCCCAAAGGGGUAUUCGGGGGCUUGUAUGCACUACAACUACUGCUCCUGAAUGCCAACAAGAUUAACUGCAUCCGGGCAGAUGCUUUUGCUGAUCUGCAAAACCUGUCGCUGCUCUCACUGUAUGACAACAAGAUCCAGACCCUUGCCAAGAGCACCUUUGCCACCCUGCGAGCCAUCCAGACCCUCCAUCUGGCCCAGAAUCCCUUUAUCUGCGACUGCAACUUGAAGUGGCUGGCAGACUUCUUGCGUGCCAAUCCUAUUGAGACAAGUGGUGCUCGUUGUGCCAGUCCCCGCCGCCUCGCAAACAAGCGCAUUGGACAGAUCAAGAGCAAGAAAUUCCGCUGCUCCCCCAAAGAGCAGUAUUUCAUUCCAGGUACAGAGGAUUACCAGUUGAACAGUGAAUGUCACAGUGAUGUUGUCUGUCCACCCAAGUGCCGUUGUGAAGCCAAUGUGGUGGAGUGUUCCAACCUGAAGUUGACGAAGAUCCCAGAACGCCUCCCACAGGCCACAGCUGAACUGCGGCUGAACAACAAUGAGAUCACAGUGCUAGAAGCCACAGGCAUCUUUAAGAAGCUCCCACACAUAAAGAAAAUAAACCUAAGCAACAACAAGGUGUCAGAGAUUGAGGAUGGGGCCUUUGAAGGGGCAGCCUCAGUCACUGAGCUGCACCUAACCGCUAACCAGCUGGAGUCAGUGCGCAGCGCCAUGUUCCGGGGCCUUGAUGGGAUGCGGACACUGAUGCUGAGGAACAACCGUAUCAACUGUGUCCACAAUGACAGCUUCACAGGGCUGCGCAAUGUGCGCCUUCUCUCACUGUAUGACAAUCAGAUCAGCACUAUUGCACCUGGCGCUUUUGACACAUUGCAGUCACUCUCCACUCUGAACCUGCUGGCUAACCCCUUCAACUGCAAUUGUCGUCUGGCCUGGUUGGGUGACUGGCUUCGUAGGCGGAAGAUUGUGACUGGGAACCCACGUUGCAAUAAUCCAGACUUCCUACGUCAAAUCCCACUGCAGGACGUGGCCUUCCCCGACUUCAGGUGUGAGGAAGGUCAGGAGGAGACAACCUGCUUCCCACGUCCUCAGUGCCCCCAGGAGUGCACUUGCCUAGACACUGUUGUUCGCUGCAGCAACAAGCACCUGAAAUCCCUCCCCAAAGGGAUCCCCAAGAAUGUCACAGAGCUCUACUUGGACGGCAACCAAUUCACCCUGGUCCCUGGACAGCUCUCCACUUUCCGUUACCUACAGCUGGUGGAUCUGAGCAACAACAAGAUCAGCUCUCUCAGCAACUCAUCCUUCACCAAUAUGAGCCAGCUCACCACCUUGAUUCUCAGCUACAAUGCGCUGCAGUGUAUCCCCCCACUGGCCUUCGAGGGUCUUCGUUCACUACGGCUGCUGUCCCUCCAUGGAAAUGAUAUCUCUACACUUCCUGAGGGGAUCUUUGCUGAUGUUAUCUUCUUAUCACACCUAGCCAUUGGUGCCAAUCCACUGUACUGCGAUUGCCACAUGCGCUGGCUCUCAGGCUGGGUCAAAACUGGCUACAAAGAGCCUGGCAUUGCCCGUUGUGCUGGCCCUGCUGAUAUGGAGGGUAAACUGCUGCUCACCACUCCUGCCAAAAAGUUUGAAUGCCAAGAGCCUCCUCCCCUGAUCAUCCAGGCUAAGUGUAACCCCUGCCUCUCCAGUCCCUGUCAAAACAGGGGCACUUGUCAACAGGGCCCUCUGGACUCCUACCGGUGUAUCUGCCUCAGUGGCUACAAGGGCCCAAACUGCAAACUCUCUGUUGAUGGCUGCUCCAGCAGACCCUGUGAGAAUGGUGGGAUCUGCUUGUCUCACGAAGAUGAUGGAGUCAGCUUCAUGUGUUCCUGUGCAGAUGGAUUUGAAGGGCCAACCUGCAGUCUAAAGACAAUCAACUGCAAUAAUCACAACUGCAAGAAUAGUGGCACAUGCAUUAAUGGUUCCAGCAAUUACACAUGCUUAUGCCUUCCAUUCUAUACAGGGACUUACUGUGAGCAGCUGAUGGAUGUCUGUUCCCCGGAACUCAGCCCCUGCCAGCAUAAUGCCAUAUGCAAGGCCUUCCCUGAUGGACCCAAAUGUGAAUGCAUGCCCGGCUAUGUGGGGGAUAACUGCAGUGUGGACUAUGAUGACUGCCUGGACCAUCGCUGCCAGAACAAUGCCAAAUGCUUUGAUGAACCAAAUGGGUACUCCUGUCUUUGUACUGAAGGCUAUAGUGGCCAGCUUUGUGAAAUUCCACCUCAUGGCUCCCUCCAACCCAGCCCCUGUGAGAGAGCAGAGUGCCAGAAUGGUGCCAACUGUGUGGAGCUAGGCAAUCGUGCCUUAUGCCAGUGCCUUCCUGGCUUUGGAGGGCCCAAAUGCGAGAAGCUGCUGAGUGUUAAUUUUGUGGAUAGGGACACAUACCUCCAAUUCACUGAUCUGCAAAACUGGCCGAGUGCCAACAUCACUCUACAGGUCUCCACGGCCGAAGAUAAUGGGAUCCUCUUGUAUAAUGGGGACACUGACCACAUGGCAGUGGAGCUAUACCAAGGCCAUGUGCGUGUUAGCUAUGACCCAGGCACCUACCCCAGCUCUGCCAUUUACAGUGCAGAGACCAUCAAUGACGGACAGUUCCACACUGUAGAGCUGGUGACAUUUGAGCGGAUGGUAAACCUCUCCAUUGAUGGAGGUGACCCCAUGACCAUGGACGGCUUUGGCAAGGCCCACACGCUAAACUCUGAGGCUCCACUCUAUGUUGGGGGGAUGCCCGUAGAUGUGAACUCUGCUGCCUUCCGCCUCUGGCAGAUCCUGAAUGGUUCCAGCUUCCACGGCUGUAUCCGAAAUCUCUACAUCAACAAUGAACUACAGGACUUUACUAAGACCCAGAUGAAGCCAGGAGUGGUGCCUGGCUGUGAGCCUUGCCGCAAGCUCUACUGCCUGCAUGGAAUUUGCCAACCCAACACUGCUCAUGGUCCCGUUUGCCACUGUGAUCCAGGCUGGGUUGGUCCUCAUUGUGACCAGCCCAUUAGCAACCCUUGCCAGGGUCACAAAUGUGCACAUGGAAUCUGCAUGCCUCUUGAUGCACUCUCCUAUAGUUGUCAGUGCCAGGAUGGCUACAAGGGCGCCUUAUGUAACCAGCAAGGGGAACUCCACAACCCAUGCAAGAACUUACAAUGUGUUCAUGGUCAGUGCCAGAUCUCAGACACAGGCGAGGCCUACUGCGAAUGCAAUGGAGGAUUCGAUGGUGACCUCUGUGACCAAGAGUCGGAGUGCCGGGGUGAAGCUGUGCGAGAUUUCCAUCAGGUCCAGCGAGGCUAUGCCAUUUGCCAGACAACACGGCCUGUCUCCUGGGUGGAGUGUCGGGGAUCAUGCCCAGGACCAGGCUGCUGUGCAGGACUGCGUCUUAAGCGCAGGAAAUACACCUUUGAGUGCAGUGAUGGCUCUUCCUUUGUGGAGGAGGUGGAAAAACCCAGCAAAUGCGGCUGUUCCCAGUGCAUGUAGCCUCCAGCAAGGGACAGGCCAGAGCCAUAGACCACUGGGCCAGGCCUGCCCUAACAGAGGCCUUGGGAACAUACUUGGCAUCUCCAUUUGCCCCUGUUGCUGUUUGGGAGAUGGGUGGGGUAGGAUUCUGAGUUGGGCAAUGGAACAGCUCCUCUGGCAUGCCGACAAUGGCUUUUCUGGAUGGACCAGAUAAAGGUAUAGAUAGAAGACUUUUGCUGGAAAAUCCAGCCCAAUGGAUGUAUUUAUAUCCAGCACUGACUCUGGGGCCACUACUUGUGCACAGUAUGGAUUUUUGUCAAGCCUGCCCAUGCCUGCUUGUUUUGCCCAGUGUGAGCCUUGAGAGGCCAUGUCCACAGCUCAUGCCUAGGCCCAGGAUCCUGCCAUUUCAUACCUUAUCAUUUUACCUGGUGUUGGAGCCUGCCGAUCUUCACCGUGAUGCGUUUUCCUUUGCUGGGCAGUUUUGCUUUUUCUCUUGUUGAAUAGCCACCCUUCGUACUCUUACUGCCUGCUCAUUGCAAUCUCAUCGUCUGUUUACAGAGCUAAAUUGUAAGCAAUGUAGAGGCAGCAAGCAGGGGGAAAGGCAAGAGGGAUAUGUGCUACAGGACAACAGAGGACAAAGUAUCUGAGGUGAAUGGGAAGGGGCUGCUUAAACAGCUGCCUGCUAUACCCGAUAGUCACAAGGAAGUGAUGUGUAAAAGCAGCUUAACCUUGGGGCUGCAGUGUGGUCCUUGGUUCAGAUGUGCCCUCACCUAUUAGCAAAAAGGAGCCAUGCUUAAUCCAGGUUGUAUGAGCCACCAGCAUUAUCAAGACUUACCAUCCCUUCCCUAGUUUUGAAAUCCUAUGCUCACGUACCUGGGAGUUAGCACAAUUGAACACAAUGAGACAACUGCUGAGUAAGGAUGUGUGGGAUCUCAUUGCAUGAAGGCUGGGGUAUCCUUGGCUAGUUGUUUUCCCAUUGUAGGUCUGCUGGAUGGGACAGGGAGUCGUGACCCCAGUUCCAUUCCCCCCGUUGUAAAUCCUGCCAUUUCCAUGAUAUAACUACAGCAACAGGGAGAGACAUAGGCUUCUCUGGUUCCUCCUAUACCAUCACCAUUCCACAGUGCAAAAUUAUCUUCUGUCUAAAUGUCAUCCGGUUUGCUAUAACAAAAGGUCUGGAUAUUUGAGUCGUGCCUGUUCAGCAACAGCUGCCACCUCUAGGAUAAUCAUUUUCAUACCCAUCAUGCUCGUUUACAUCUGCCUUUUAGAAGAGGAGGGGGGAUGAAUCACAAGUCUCUCUUGUACUCAGUUUGCUGUAGCAUUAUUCUUCAAAAAUGCAACAUCAUACAUCAGGCCCACCCAUGAAGUACCAUUGCCCUCUUGCGAUGGGGAGUGGGGCCAGGUAAGUCAGCCACUGCCUGCAACAAAAGCAGAAGCACAGGUUUCCAAAGUCCAUGCUAUAGAUUGUUUAUCCAGGGCACAGAUGGGGUUAGGCUUGUGCCACAGCAUCCGAAGAAAUAAGGUGGAGCUCCAACAUCUAAGCAUGUAAAAUAAACCAUGCUGACAGUAUCUCCUCUUGCUAGGUUUCCAAAUCCUUGUUUGAUAAAGGAUUUUUAGGCUUGACCCUGGACAAAAGAGCUUCAAAUUGGUCAGAUACUUUGGAUCUAACUUAUUCUGAGAAAAAGUAAUUUGCAUUUCUCACCGAUAGCUACUAACCAAUAAGCAAAAUCAGUCGACUGGAAAAACCAACCAGAUUUCACCAAAUUCUGCACAUGAACAGCUAAAGCGGAAAACUCUGAUCUAUAUAAAUCAAGCAAAUGUAAUUUGCUUCUGUUGGGUGGGUGGGCAAAAGAAAUAUAUAGGAUACAGAGGCUGAAUGUCCUCGCCACUGGAAAUGCUACUCAUCCAGCUUGGGCUUUUGAGACGUCAUCAGACAGAGGCUUUGAAGUGUGUAGGAAACCUUUCUUCAAUUAAAGAUAAGAUUCUUAGGAUGCUGAAAUUCUCACCCAGUAGCCCUGCUGAGUAUCCGGUUGCUGAGAAACCAUCCUCUCUCUGGUGCAAGUCUCAAGGCCUUGGCUCUACAUGUGUUCUUGUUUCCAGGGGAACCUCAGCAGCCUCAGCCAGGUGCCUGUUCCUUGAAACCUAUGGAUCAUAUUUUUUACAGAAGGGUCUCCUAAAAGGUGGCUGUUUGGCUCGAGCCUGAAAGCAUGUGGUACAAGUAAGCUCAAGGUUGAAGCUUUCUAAGAGGUAUACUGGAUAACAGUCUAAGUGAGAGAAAAGAGGUGGCAUACUUUGGACGAGUGCUCUCAGGACACUCCUAGUAUAAAACAGAUGGGUUAUUAUAAGCACAUAUGUUUUGAGCUACGGGUAAAACAGCAGUAAGAAAGCUAUCCUCAGCUCCUGUAGAAAAACAAGGGGAUGACUAGUUCCAGAGGCCUCUACAGGGAUUCCCACUGUGUGUGUUUUGUGCAUGCACGCGCCAGCCAUAUAGAAACUGCUAACUUUGACAUUACUGAAGGUUACGAGGCAAUGGCUGAGGAGUAAAACUAAAUGACAGCAGAGCUUAAUCUGCCCUCUAGUACUAAAAGCCUUGACCAGUGUGUUUUGCUGACGGGUAUAGCAGGAAACACUAGUGAAGCUAAAUAAAAUUUGAACAGAACAUGAUCUGCAGGGCCAUUAUUUCAAAACCUGGUUUUGCCAUCUUAAGCAUCUAUCAUUUAUAUUUAUUAUAGAAACCCCAAUAAUGUUAAAUGUAUUUUUCUUCCCACUGAGAACGUGCAGCUUUUAAACUUCCAUUUGUAAGGUUCCUAAAUAAGUUACACAAAAUAAACUAAUUAGGGUUUUUGAAAUUUCUUAAGACUUCACAUGUCCAGUAAUAACAAUCACACAUAUCAAACUGCAAAUAUCUUGUUAUGUCUGAAUUUUUACACUGCCUGCCACUUCAGUCCAUACUUUGGUAAUAAAGUGGAUUACCAUGGAUAUAAUUUGAUAGCCAAGUGCCACAAAUGACAAUAUGUUAACUGCUUACUCUGGCAACAUCAUAUACCAGAAAAAUGAGUUUACACUUACCAAUUUUUGAUCGGAACGACGCACAACAGUAAAAGGAAUUGUACUAAACUGCAAACUUUUGGGUUGUAUUCAGCUAACUCCUACUCAGAGUAGACCUACUGAAAUUAAUAAACUUAAGUUAGUCAUGUCUAUGAACUUCAAUGUGUCUACUCUGAGUAGGACUAACAAUGAAUACCACCUCACUUUCAAAUGCUGAAAUUUACACAGUUGAAAUAAUUUUGUCCAAUUGUUUCUUGAAAGAUAUGUG